AUGGCGAAGACAGCAAAAGUCAAGAAGCGCCUACACUCCCGCGCCGCCCGCCGCGCUGCCUCUCCUUCCCUCAACCUCGACAAAUCCGCCCAAAAGCCCGCCCACACAACCCGUGACUCGGCCUCACCGUCCCGCCCCUCAAAAGUAAACCCACACGCCCUCGCCGCAAAAGAUGCCGGCAUACAAAAAAAGCAGCGCAAGAGCGGCAACAUGACGCGCGCGCAACGGCUACGGUACCAAAAGGGCCUUGAGCGCGCAGAGGACAACAUGGAGAAGCUAGAGAAGAAGCGCAUGAAGAGUUUGGGUAAGGAGAAGAAGAUCAAGGAAAGGGCCAAGGGCUGGGAGGAUGUUAAUGGCGAGGGCUUGAAGAAGAGUAAGAAGGGGCAUGCGGUUGAAGAGGUUGAGGUCGAGGAGAUGACGGGGGAUGGGGGCUGGGUUAGUGAUGAGGAGAUGGAUGAAGUGUUGGGAGAUGCUGGUGCGACAGAUGGCGAGGUGAAGGUAGAAGGCAAAAAGGUUGAUACCGCCGUACCGGAGACUGUUUCGGCGCCGGCGGUGGAAGUGGAAGAGAUGUUGUGA